AUGCUAAACUACAAACUAUGUGUGGCAGGAGUAUUUAAUCAAAUGGCUUGGAUACGAGGUAGGCGAAAGCAGUUGGGAACCUGCCGAAAACCUCUUGGGGUCUCAGGAAUCGGUUGGCUGGUUUUGGAAGCGUUUUGGAAAGGAAGAUGA